UACCAAUAAUUCUGUUAUCAAACCAUCCGCAUCCGCUCGUGACUCGUUCGCCAACUGUGUCUGUUUCGCGAAUAAAUCGAAAAUUUCAAGCCGGGAGGUUUAUAUUUCAUCAUUUUACGUGUCGAUGUGGAUUGAGUAGAAAUUGAAAAAGAGAACAUUCGCGAGCAGGAAUUACCGCGCUGCUAUAUUUUUUCCAUGUUUCGGUGUUUAAUGGUGUCACAAUGAGUGGUAACUUAUCGGAAGAUGUUUUGAAAAUCGUGAACGAUAACGAACAAGUAGACACGGUUCGUAUUUCGAGUAUUCUCGGCGAAGAUCACCAAAAAGUAGUGGGAAUCGUGAAAAGUCUGCAAGUAUUAGACGACUUGGUGGUCGUAGAACCGCUAACCCAUACACAAUGGAUAUUGACUGCGGAGGGUGCUGAAGUAGCGAAAAACGGUAGCUACGAAGUAUUAAUAUUCAACGCUGUUCCCAGCGGCGGUAUCGCGCAAGCUGAACUCAUGAAAACUGUACCAAACGCCAAGAUCGGUUUCAGCAAAGCCAUGUCGAAAGGUUGGAUAAGCAUCGAUAAAAGCACCAACACGGUCGUACGCAAAGUGGAAGUGGAUUCGGUGGAAGACGAGGUGCAGCGGCAUUUGCAACAGCUAAACGCCAACGAAGAUUCUAUUCCUGCCAAGUGUAAGCAAGAUUACAGUAAAAGAAAACUGAUUCGAGAGGUGAUAACGAAAAGUUUCCUGCUGAAAAAAGGUUCGAAAUUUAGCACGUCGAUUAGCAAGCUCGAAACCGAGCUGACGCCCGAAAUGAUAGCGGACGGCUCUUGGAAAAACGUUAAAUUCAAAGCGUACAAUUUCGACGCUUUAGGUCAAAUAUCUCAAAGCGGUAAUCUUCAUCCUGUGAUGAAAGUACGGUCCGAAUUUCGCCAAAUAUUUUUGGAAAUGGGAUUUACCGAAAUGCCGACCAAUAAUUACGUGGAGAAUUCGUUCUGGAAUUUCGACGCUCUGUUUCAACCGCAACAACAUCCGGCGAGAGACGCUCACGAUACGUUUUUCCUGAAAGAUCCGUCAACGUCGGACGACAUGCCGUCGGAGUAUCUGCAAAAAGUGAAAACCGUCCACAGCGAAGGAGGCUACGGCUCCGUAGGAUACAAGUACAAUUGGUCCGUCGACGAAGCUAGAAAAAAUUUACUUCGCACUCAUACGACGGCGGUCAGCGCUCGUAUGCUGUAUAAGCUAGUCGACGGCCGAGAAUUCAAACCCGUCAAGUAUUUUAGUAUAGAUCGCGUAUUUCGUAACGAAACUUUGGACGCGACGCAUUUGGCCGAAUUUUUCCAAGUCGAAGGAGUAGUCGCCGAUUAUAACUUGACGUUGGGCAAUCUCAUCGGUAUUUUACACGAAUUUUUCAAAAAAUUGGGCAUCGAAGAGUUGAAAUUCAAACCGGCGUAUAAUCCGUACACCGAACCGAGUAUGGAGAUAUUUUGUUAUCAUCGCGGUCUGCAGAAAUGGAUCGAAGUCGGCAAUUCCGGUAUGUUCCGGCCCGAGAUGCUGUUACCAAUGGGCUUACCUAAGAAUGUGAAUGUAAUCGCGUGGGGUCUUUCGUUGGAGAGGCCGACGAUGGUGAAAUACGGCAUUAACAACAUUCGAGAUAUGGUCGGACCAAAAAUCAAUCUUCAAAUCGUAAACGAUAGUCCUAUUUGUCGUUUUUAAUUCUAAUAAAAUGUACGUAAUUUU